AUGGCAGAAGAAAUCACACUCUCGAUUGAAGAGACGAAUAAACUACGAGCUAAGAUUGGGUUACCACCGAUUCCUAUCCCUAAAGCCAGUCGCAAAGAAGAUGAUGUGAUCGAAUUGUCACUUGAAGAGACUAACAAGUUGAGAAUAUCAAUUGGGUUAAAGCCUAUCCCAAUAGAGAGCAAUCAACCAAAGAUACGACAAGACCUGGAAACUAGUAAUCAUUCAUUAACAAGUCGACAGAAACAAGAUAAUAAACGAGCUUAUGAAGAGGAAGACUCUAAUAAGAAAACUAUACUUGAUGAAGCACCAAGUUCCACCGAUGACUGGCUUGAGAAUUUGGGAAAGUCGAAACAAGAAAAACCCAAGAAACGACCAAAACUAGCAAAACAAGUAUCAGAACUGGAAACAACUCAGAAUGUCAAGAUUGGACAUGGGGGCAAAGAAUUACGUCAACUUCAAGAUAACGAUAUCUUUACCUUACAAGAUACUGAAGUUGGAGAUGAUGACGAAGAUGUGUUAACCAAUGAGAAAUUACUACAGAAUGCGAAAUUGAAACGAGAUUUAGCAGAGAAACGAGAGGCAGAGACUAUUAAGUUCAGUGGAAGACAUCAUGUUACUCAUGAUACUGAUGAAGAAUCUGAAGAUGGUGAUGACGAGUAUCUUAUUCAAGACAAGGUUGUAAUUGGUUCUUCGAUAGCGUUGCCUGAGGUCAAGAAGAAACAUGUCAAAAAUAAACCGACAAUAUCUAACUUAUUUGAAGAUUUAGACUCGAUAGACAGGAAAACUUCAGCAGCUCCGAUUAAAAUGAAGAAAAUUAAAUCCAAAAAGAAGAUGAAGAACCAGUUUAAACCAAGAAUAAUAGAUGAAGUAGAGAUUAAACCGGUUGAACUAAGCAAUAUAGACGUACAUGUGGAGGACGACUAUGAACAAGAAUUACAACAAGCUUUAUCUUCAGCCCGAAAAAUUAAACAAAAGAAUAGAUCACACUUGAAUGCUGAACAGAUUGCGAAUGAAAUUGCCAAAAGUAAACGAUGGCAACUAGAAAAUGAUGUUGUUCAAGGUGAUCUGUUUCUGCGUGUGUACGACGAGACCAAUGAGUUUUUGAACAAUUUGGAUUCUAGUUUAUUAAUCAAGGACUUUGAGAAAGAGAUUAAGCAAGAGCAAGAACACUUGAUUAAGCAGGAAAAUGAACCGCUUAUCAAGCAGGAAAAUAAACCGCUUAUCAAGCAAGAAGAUGAACCGCUUAUCAAACAAGAAGGUCCAGAGAGCAAAGAAGAUGAAGACGAGCCAAAGUUUAACGGAAUAGCAGAAACACUUAAGUUUCUUCAAUCCAAAAACAUCAUUGCUGAAAAAUCUCAGCAAGAGAAAUCACAAGAUCUUGAACGGGCAGAAGCUACUAAGCAAACAGAAUUACUAAAACUUAAAAUAUCAAUUGAGGAGAGAAUACUUCGACAAGAAUUAGAAAAGGAUAGUGCAUAUAUGCGACUUCCCAAGAACGAAAGAGCUACUCGAUUAGAAAAUGAGCUUGACAAACGACUUCGUGAAAAAGGAAUAUUUAUUGAAGAGCACCAUAUUAGAAAUGGGCAUCGUAGAAAGCGUGAUGAGUCAGCUAACGUUAAAGUGGAGAACAAACUCAAGUUGUAUAAUCCAAAAGUUUCACUUACUUACAAAGAUAAUGAGGGAAAUGUUUUAGAUACAAAACAAGCUUAUAAACAUUUGUCUCACCAGUAUCAUGGUACGGGAAUUAGCAAGAACAAGCAGAAUAAGUUGAGAAAGAGAAUUAAAGAAGAGCCAUUGGAAUUCGGUAGAAAUAUACUAUAG